AUGGCAGCCGCCGCCUCUCCCGCCUCAGCUUUCUUGGUUGCCCCUUCUGCCCGUGCUGCCUCAGCCACGGCCUCCACGACAAAUUGGGGACCUGACAGUUUGGAGGUUCGAGGUCUCAAGUCCAAACUCCCCAUGUCUUCCUCAGGGAGAAUGCAGGCCACGGCAAGUGCUCAAGCCGCGCCCAUGGUUAAUGGAACGAACGUCGCCCUGAGAACUAGUUCCCCAAAAACUGGGGACGACAGCCUGCCUAGCACGUUCUACGACGAAUCGCCCGAUUGGAGUGUGAUCCUUGCGGGCAUCACCUCCCUCUAUCUGGCAGCUGAGAAACAGCGGGCCAUUCUUGAUCACGGGCCCAAGGAGGCACAGACAACCGCCGGAGCAUCUGACAUAGGCAGGCUUAUUCAGGACGGGAUGAUUUUCAGACAGAACUUCUCUAUUAGGUCGUACGAAGUUGGAGCCGAUAAAACAGCCUCUAUAGAGACACUAUUGAACCAUUUGCAGGUCAGAAGUCCAGAUCUCUCUGCUCGUCAUGUUCUUGUGUUUUCCUUGCAGUAUAAAGUGAAGUCUGAAACUCCCUUUGUAUUCUCUGUUUCAGGAGACAUCUCUGAAUCAUGCCAGGGUUGCUGGCUUUCUGAACGAUGGUUUUGGUGCUACACCAGAGAUGAGCAAAAGGGGCCUUAUAUGGGUUGUGGCAAGGAUGCAGGUCCUCGUGGAACAGUACCCUUCCUGGUAAGCUGCACCCGUCCGAACCGCUGCAUUGAUUCUCUACUAACCGACUGAUUUUAUUUCUGCGGAAAAUUCCGGUAUAAUUCUAGCAAGAAGGCGAUACUAUCCUUUAACUCAUCAAAGAUUAAUGGUGUUCUAUUUUCUUCAGGGGAGAUGCUGUUCAAGUAGAUAGUUGGGUUUCUUCGUCAGGCAAAAAUGGAAUGCGCCGAGAAUGGGAGAUACGAGAUGCCCGCACAGACAGAAUCCUCAUCAGAGCGACCAGGUCAGCACCUGUUUCUGAUGUAUCAUCCUCUCUCUCUCUCUCUCUCUCUCUCUCUCUCUCUCUCCUCUCUCUCCUCAUGAAUGCUAUUAUCUUUUGAGGGGAUUCCUUACCCGUUUCUCUUGAAAUGCAGCACAUGGGUGAUGAUGAACAGGCACACAAGGAAACUGUCCAAAAUGCCAGAGGAAGUAAGAGCAGAAAUACAACCAUUUUUCUUCGAAAGAACGUCAACUGUGGAGCAGGACGACAGGAAGGUAGAGAAGGUCGAUGAGGAGACCGCGGAUUAUGUUCGGGAAGGCUUAAGCGUAAGAGUCUUCGAUAACAGCUACCCUUGAAGUCUUCAUCAAUCUAUCGCCAGUAUGCUUGGGUUGAUUCUGUUCUCUCAGGGACUGACCUCUUCAUCCAUCCCCCUGUUGACCUUGCAGGCCCGGUGGACUGACUUAGAUUGCAACCAGCACGUGAACAAUGUGAAGUACAUCUCUUGGGUCCUCGAGGUGACUCCUCUCUCUCUCUUAACCGUUUACUUUUUCAUGUUCUCGACGAGAUUCUUGAGUCUUCUCUCUCAAGAUCUUUGAAGAAUCUCCCCCUCCCCCUCAGAAGCUCUGCCCUAAACUGGGUUUCUUCUCCAUUUUCAGAGCAUCCCCACCUCGAUCUUGGAGAGCCACGAGCUGACCAGCUUGACUCUGGAGUACCGGAGGGAGUGUCAGAGGGACAGCGUCCUGCGGUCCCUCACCACGAUCGUCGAACUCAGCGGCGGCGGCGUGGAGUGCCACCACCUCCUCCGCCUCGAGAGCGGGCCGGAGGUCGUCAGGGGAAGGACCAAGUGGCUGCCCAAAUCCGCCGGCAUCCCGGCAACUCACGGCGGUUGUCAGUGA